AUGAGGUUCUCAACCGUCGCGGCUUGCCUGUCCGUCUGCCUGGCCCCGGCCUCGGCCAUGAGCAUCUUCAAUGGGAAGGCACCCGAUGUCGCUGUCAACGAUGACCUGAAGAUCCCCGGCGACUCACCUCUGGAGCUGUGCCCUGGAGAUCACGCUGCCGACCUCAUCAAGAUUGACAGCGUCGACCUGCUGCCCAACCCCCCGAAAGCUGGCCAGGAGCUGCUCAUCAAGGCCAAGGGAACCGUGAAGCAGACCAUCGAGGAGGGAGCCUACGUCCUAUUAACCGUCAAGUACGGACUCAUCCGCCUCGUUAGCACCAAGGCCGACCUCUGCGAGCAGAUCGGAAACGUCGACCUUGAGUGCCCUGUCAAGGCCGGCGACCUCGAGAUUACCAAGACCGUUGACCUCCCCAAUGAGAUCCCCCCCGGAAAAUACACCGUGCUGGCUGACGUCUUCACUGUCGAUGAUGUUCAGAUCACCUGCCUGACUGCCACUGUCGAAUUCUCCAGGUCCAGCCGCUUCUUCGGCAACGACUUGUAA